CCGUGGGAGAGAAGGAUUCCCAGAAUACUAUGGAUAAGAACUUCAAAGAAGAGUUUAGGCAGAUUAUUAAGUUUGAACCUCCUUUGUACAAACAACGCCACCAGUUUGUUAAAGAUUUAGUGGAGAAGUACAAACCUAAGAAGGUGGCAGAUUUAGGAUGUGCUGAUUGCAGCCUUCUCUGGAUGCUGAAAUUCUGCAGUUGCAUUGAAGUGUUAGCUGGGCUAGAUAUCUGUGCAAAUGUAAUGAAAGAGAAAAUGCAUACACUGUCUCCUCUUCCUGUUGAUUAUUUGCAACCAUCUGAAAGAUCCCUAACUGUUACCUUGCAUCAUGGUUCAGUUGCCCAUAAGGAUCCUUGCAUGCUUGGUUUUGACUUGGUGACGUGUAUUGAACUAAUAGAACAUCUGGAAGAAUCAGAGCUGAAGAAGUUUCCUGAAGUGGUGUUUGGUUUCAUGGCUCCAAGCAUAGUUGUGAUCAGCACUCCAAAUUCUGAAUUCAACUGUUUGCUUCCAGGAGUGAUGUUAUACAGGCAUCCAGACCACAAAUUCGAGUGGAGCCAAGCAGAGUUUCAAAGCUGGGCUCUAGAGACUGCUAGAUGCUAUGAUUACUCAGUGGAAUUUACUGGUGUUGGGCACCCACCAACAGGAAUGGAGAAGGUUGGGUUUUGUACCCAAAUAGGUGUGUUUUUUAGAAAAUACCCUCAAACUGCUGAAUCUGUUCAGUCUGAGAAACCCAUGGAAGCAGUUUACAAAACAGUCUUCAAAGCAGUGUACCCAAGUCUUAAAGAUGAGAAGUACUUGCAGAAUGCAGUGAUCAGUGAAGUUAUUUUCACAGCCCAAAUCAUUAAGCACCGUUUAAUGUCAAAACGUGAGGAGUACAGUGAUGAUCCUGAGAGAAAAUCCAAAUUCCAACUUUCAAUGGACUGUUUUUCUGACUAUCUUGGAAAACUGGUUGUUGAAAAAACCAUGGAACCAUUUGUCAGUGGCAAUGAGGUUUACAUACCUCUCACAACAAUCUUUUCUUUUCCCAAAGUGAAUCGACUUUGUGGUACCUUUGAGAAGUUAUGCGAGCUUAUUGCAGGCAAGGUCACACUGAGCAGUGAUGGUUCUGCUGUGAUGUUCAAUAUUGAACAUGAAAAUGAAGAUAAUUAGAUCAGAUUUCUCAAACAAAAUUCAGUUGAAGUAAUGAAAGUGGUUUUGUAGAAGCUGUCAAAUGGUAUGUUCUGUAUGCUAACCGGACCACAAAAGCUUUUCUAACCUUCCAUCAGUGGUAUUUAUAUGUCAGCACCUCUCACUGAGUGAAGGGGAGUGCUUCUGACAAAGGUAACAGUAACUCAUAGGGCUUUCAAGUGAGUAUCAGGGGCUAAAAGGAAGGAAUUCGUUCCCAAGAAGAAAAUGAAGCAUUGCUGUUUGCUUUCUAUUGCUUUAUUGUAGCUAUCAUUACAGAUUAUUUCUGGUAGUCUCUUGUUAGCUUCAAGGAUAGUUUGUUUUACCAUCUACUGUCUUGAGCUGAAUAAUGUGAGUCAGACAUAAGUUUAGGGCAAGUUUUUUCUUAAUUUCUUUAAAAUUUAUAGAUGCCUUUUUCAAGAUGAGUACAUACUCAGCCUUGAUGAAAACCAAAUGUUGCUCCUGCUGAAUUGAAAUAUGAAACUGGCAUAUUUGUUCUGUUUUGGAAAAAAUAUUAAAAAAUUUAAAGAACUGCAGUAAUU